AAUUUUGCUGUAACCUUUUACAAACUGCACGCUUCGUCAACAAAAUUAAAAACAAUCGCCUUUCUGGUGUUGAACUUGGUUUACGAGGAUAAUAACAGAAUAGAGAGAUAAUUCGUAGAUUUUUGUGACUCUCACUAUGCAAAACCACAGGACACCUUUUGGGUCUAUGAAAUGUUUAUGAUGGCAAACAUAGACUUAUUAUAAUCAUAAUGGAGAUAGAAAAAUUAUGAGAACUCUGAAACAGUCUGUGAUACAUAAGAAUUGUAGAAACAAUUUUAAAAUAUUCAUUUACAAUGGAAGUAAUGCAUUCAAAGUUUAGGAACAUUUCCAAAUAUUGUUCGUCUAUGACAUGGUGCAAACAGAGAUGGCGUUCCUUUACAAAAGAAGCAGAGAAUAGUAACAAUGUAUCCUCAAGCCUUGUGCAGCAGGUGCUCCUAGAUUUAAAGAUGAAAGUUGAACAAGGCCACACAUCCCUCAUCACUCAGUGUCCCAAGAUCUCAAAGACUUCACCUGCCAGUAAAACUGACAACCUGUUCAUAAACAAUAUCUCAGGGCAUUUUGUGUGUGAACACUGCAACAAGCAGGGGUUAUGGGCUGAUCUACAAGACAACCUCCUCCAGCUCAAGACACAAAAAAGGAAAUCAACAUUUGAUUGUUUUAAAGACCUAGAGACUGUCAAGCCUUACGUUGCUGAAGCUACACAGGCCAAAGACAGCUGGCAAAACACACAACUAUUUGGUUCAUUAGAUCAGAACCUGGCAGCCAAGCUGCUGGAAACUUUUAAUCUAGAGAACCUCAGUGUCUCUACCCUGGAUAAAUAUAACGUCAGAUGUGACCCCAAGAAUGAAUAUGUGUUGCUUCCUUAUAUGGUCAACAACACAUUGACUGGCUUUAAAAAACUCUCACUCCAUAGCCACACUGAUGAGGAGCAGACAAGUGUAAGAGAAAGCUAUACCCCAAGGACAGGGCCAGUUAGCUUAUUUGGGCUGGAUAUAGUCCCAGCGGCUGCUACGGAGGUCAUCUUGACCAGCACAGAGUUUGAUGCCAUGGCGGUGUACCAAGAGACAAAAAAGCCUGCGAUAUCUUUACCCAGAGGUUAUAGUUCACUACCCCAAGAGGCGUUGCCAAGUCUAGAAAGGUUUAAGACAGUUGUCUUGUGGUUUGGGGAUGAUGUACGAGCCUGGGAGAUGGCGAAACUUUUUUCUAAAAAAUUGAACAGUAAAAGAUGUCAUAUCAUCAGGCCUAGUGUGGAAGAGCCAGGGCCAGCAACUGCGCUAACCCAGGGGCUAAAACUCUCCAAUGUUUUAAACAAGGCCCGGCCAAUCAGCCAUGACUCCAUUGUGAACUUCGCACAGCUCCGCCAGGAGGUCUGGUCUCAGAUGAUCCACUCUGAGCAGGUCGCAGGGGUCAAGUGGAAAAGAUAUCCUCUACUGAACAAACUCCUCAAGGGCCAUAGAAGAGGGGAGCUAACUGUCUUCACUGGUCCAACUGGCUCAGGAAAGACAACUUUUAUUAGUGACUACUCUCUGGAUCUCUGCAUACAAGGGGUGAACACGCUGUGGGGAAGUUUUGAAAUCAACAACGCCAGGCUGGCCAAGACCAUGCUGACACAGUUUGCUCUUAAAAACCUGUCCAAGAAUUUGGAACUCUUUGACCACUACGCUGACCAGUUCCAGACCCUACCUAUGUAUUUUAUGACUUUUCAUGGCCAAGAAAGUGUUAAGAAAGUCAUUGAUGCAAUGUCACAUGCUGUCUAUGUCCAUGACAUUGGACACGUCAUCUUGGACAACCUCCAGUUCAUGAUGGGAGUCUCAGGAUCAGAGUGGACUGACCGUUUCCUCAAGCAGGACCUGAUGAUUUCGGCACUUCGCAAGUUUGCCACCAACAUGAACUGUCAUGUGACACUUGUCAUUCACCCCAGGAAGGAGAAGGAAACAGAAGAUCUAACAACAGCCUCUGUGUUUGGGUCUGCCAAAGCCACACAGGAAGCCGACAAUGUUCUGAUUCUUCAAGACAAAAGAUUAACUUCAGUCAGGGGGAAAAAAUACCUUCAGAUCACAAAAAACAGAUUUGACGGAGAACUUGGCAUCAUGUUGCUCAAGUUUGACAAGGAUUCUCUCAGCUUUGCCAUGAAAGAGAAAGAAAAAACUAAAAAAGCUGACGGUGAGGAGGAGGGGGAGGAGACCCAGGAGCAGAAGGUGGAGGGGACCCAGGAGCAGAAGGUGGAGGAUGAACUUUGACCCAGGAUGUACAACAAAUAGUUGUUUACAUUCUUUACUGAAGAAGAGCAUUUAUGAAGCAGCUGGUCUAAUCAGUUUAAUAAUGUUGGCUGUUAAAUUUAGUUUGUUGAGUCAAGCCUUACAAUUAUCAGAAUACAAAAUUUGUUUUGAAUCCUGCAUUAAAAAUAUGAUCAGCAUUUGUAUUUUGCAUAGAAUUGAAUAGUAAGCAUUUGAAAAGUACAGCAUUUACUGGAUGUGUCCUAGGGAUUGUUCCAGCAGUAUUAUAUGUGUGUGUAUGGAUGAGCGAAGUAUGAAUAAUUUUUUAUA